AUGGAUCUCCGAACACGACUGGAAAAUGCCACGGAACGGGCGGUGCUGUUCCAGAUUAUUAAGGAUGUUGUUAAUGACCCCACAAAAUACAAAAAUGUGGUUGAGGCAUUCUGUGUAUCAAUCGAUUGUUUCAGCAAGUUUUUGACUGAUAAAGAGUUCUUCACCGCACUCAUCCCAGUUCUCGACACCCAAUGCCCAAUGAGAUCAAUCAUUGGAUUUUCGAGAAGUAUGUCAUUUGUGAGCUCAACGACUCAUCAAACAUCGUUUCGAGAUGUGAUGACAGUACUCCAAUGGCUGAAAUACGUAGUCCAGAAAUCAUUGGUUUCACUAAUUGUUGACAGUUUGAAGGCCAAUGAUUUGGAUGAUGAAACUGUGCAAAUGUUUCGAGAAUUCACGAAUGCCUGCAUGUAUAUCCCGGAUAAAAUCUCGAAUUGCAGUGUGAAAGCGUUGACAGAUGAGCAUUUGAAGUAUAUUGAGUCGAUUAAGUGGGAGUUUAAGACAAAUCUCGUCGAAGGAAUCAAACAAGCGUCUCAAACCGCCCAUGACAAAAUGUCCGCCAAAUCGAUCGGUGGUCCAAACCUGAAAAUUGUCGCCGAGUUGGUAUCAGCUGGCAGAAACGUCGAUAUGGAUGGAAAACGGUCAAUGAUCGAAGUGAUAAUGAAUUGGGUUGAAUCACUGGAACCAUUUGAUGAACAAUGGAGACAAAUCAUGCAUCGAUUGUUCCAAGAGCCAACUCAGUUAGGGUAUCAGGUUCAGGAGUCACUCAUUACUACUGUAUUUACGACGGCGAGAAGUGACAAGGCGUUGCAGCGUUGCAUCGAAACCAGCCAUUUGACUGGAACAUUGAAGCGUGUUGUGAUGGUGAAGCUCCCCUUCCAACGGAUUCUCAAAAUCAGAAGUAUCAGAAUUCUGGUGAAUUUCAUUCAUCAGACCAGUGAGACUUUGGCUAUUGAGUUGUUGGAGACUGCUCUGAAGCUGUGGAGUGACUCAAGCUUCGCCGCGAAGGCUCCAGAAGGACAGGAACGUCAUCUCGUUCGGAUGAUUGUUCACUUGAUUUAUUUAUUGACAAAAAAUGAGGAAACUUCUCGAAAAGUCGCGUGGCGAGACCUCUUACUCCUCUCAAUGAACGGUGUCUACGGUCGAAUGGAAAUGCUUCCACUUCACAUUCAAAGUGCUCUCUUUCUCAAUGAGACUCUCACAAAACUUGCCUUCGAGAAUCUUCCAGAAGACAUCGAAGAGGCACCGCCAGUACCGAAAACUGAAAAUUUCAGUGAGAAUAAGAUGGGCGCCGCGUGGGUUGAAGAGAUGAAAAAUAUUCGAGAGAACGGAUUGGAUGAGAGAAAAGGCAAGCCGAGUUAUAAGAAAAUGGUGGAGAAUACGGAGAAUAAGUCAUCUGGAGAUGAGGAAUAUGUGGAGAGAAUUGGAGAGCAGGAAGGGAAAUUCCGAUUGUUCGAUGAAGGUGCACGACCACCGGGAAUUAAUAUUCUAGGUGGUUAUUCUCAACGGGAACCAUCAGCGCCAGAUGGAUCUGAAGAGGAAGCUUCAGAUGACGAGGAAGACAUCACCAAUGCUCAACGUCUUCAGCAAGUUAUCAUUUUGAAUGAGCCACGAGCAGCUCCAGCUCCGAAUCCGAAUGCUGGUGUGGACUCGGAUGAUGAUGAGGAUUUCCCGACGUAUUCAGUACCGGAAACCGAGAAAAAAUUCAAGAAAAUGGAGGUUGGAGAGGAGCCGAAACACCGCGUCGAGCCGCCUGCUUACAUUGCGGACGCUUUCGAAAUGUUGCUGGAAAAAGAGAAAUAUGAAGUUUUCGAAGCGGCUUUUUUCAGUUUGAAAAGUUUAAUCGAUCGGAGAGCUGUUGGAUUCCCGCAAAUUGCGGAGAAGCUGUUUGUGAGAGUCAUAUUUCUUCAGAAUGUGUUCGGCACCAAAAAGUUUGACGAAACUUGCGAUGCGAUCGCCGUUUCCUGCAUCGUCCAACGUCCCGAAAUCGUGCCAGGUCUCGUUCGUCUCAUCAUCUCCCCGGGACAAGGCAUUCGAUUCCAACAACGUCUCCUCCACUAUAUCCACAUGGCUGCCGACGAAAUGGGCGUGUUGGAUCGGCGAUGUGAAGAGUUCAUAAUGACUCAAGAGAACACAAUGUCGAUGCAUUUCACGUCGUCCGGUGGUCCGCGCACUGCAGGAGCCGGUGAAUUUGCGAAUCGAGCGGAAGGUCAGCCGAUGAUACCAGAAUGGCAACGAGUCAUUGCGGCACGAGUCGCUGCGAAGACAAGAAGAAUUGGAACAACGAGACAACGUCCGGAAGCUGGUGUCGUCAAUCGACUGGCCAAAGUGGCAAAAUAUAUGUUCUAUCCGUUGCUGAUUUUGCCACGUGGAGAGCAUGCGAACUUGCUGUCCACGAAUUCUGAUCUACUCGCCUACAUCGUACUCGUCGCCUCGAUGGUUUAUGUGAGAAGUGGUGUGAACACAUCGAUUCACACAAUGUCACGAGAACUCAUCACCUACGUGGCACCGUAUCGAUACUCGGAAAACGGGAAAUUACGAGUCGCCUGUCUUGCGGCGCAUCUCAAUGUGAUGGCACUUCUUCCUGGACAUAUCCUCGGCGACAUAUUCGAUAUGGAAGUGCGUCGCGAGUGGAUGACGUGGUGUGAGGGUAUCAUGAGUGCCCAGAUUGGUCCAUGUGUCGAAUGGGAUAUGGCUCAUCAGCUGCUCGAACACCUUCUCAAUCACUUCCAAGAGUAUCAUCCCAGUGCUCUCCUAACGCAUUCUCAAAAUUUCUCACUUUAA